GACCAUUUGAGUUGGAGGCUUCUCACGGUGAGGUGUGGUGUGGGUGGCUCUCUCGGAUCUCCCGUGCUUUCCAGCUAUCACAUGAACUAAUCUUUUCUAAGGGUUAUUGUCCCGACGUUCGAAUUUCACAUUCAAAAUAAUUUAGGCCUAAAUGACUAGAGUGAUUACUAUGCAGGCUCAUAUACCCGUGUAUACUACAGUUUAACUGUAAGAUGUGCUGCGAGUAAUCGGAAUUGUUAGUGUGAUUGUAAGUGAACUGAUCGCUCCAGGAGCUUAAUUCAUUGAUAGCACGUGCGCUAGGCUGUAUUGGAACGCGCGUGUUUCAGCCAGCAAACAAUCGAUCGCGCUAUGGAGACUCUAGCUUGCGCAGGCAUUGCCCUGCCCACCACGAGAAGAACACUUCGGGUGGUCGGGGAGCUGUGGACGGGCCGACGCGGGGACGACAAUCGCCAAGGCGGCGAGUGCUGGGACGUCUGCUUCGCCCCCGACGAGUCGCGUCUCGCCUGGUCGGCAGGAUACAGACAAGUGGUUCUCAUACCCUGGCACCGGUACAAGAACUGUUUAUCGUGGCAAGAAGAAAACAACGAAUACUCUGGCGACAGUCGCUUGUCACCUCCCGAGCAAGUGCGUCUUGACACCAACUUCCUUGUGACGAGCAUGUCGUUCGGCACGAGCACUCCACAGCAGGAGCUUGAAGCCUCCACCAGGAGGGCGUACUACACUAGAGUCACCUGCACCAGGCACCUCAUGCUCGCGACCGGCCACAACAAAGGGCGCAUCAGGAUAUGGGAUCCACACACUGGAAGCCUGAUGCUGGACCUCACCGACCACACCAAGGCUGUGACAUGCUUGGCUUUUGCGCCCGACGGCAGCUUGCGGCUCGCCUCAGGCUCUGAGGACGGUACCGUCAAGGUAUGGGACAUGACAGACGACGGCAACAUGUUCAAGACUCUGCGCGACCAUAAGCGUCCUGUUAGAAACCUCGCCUGGUCUCCCAACUCCAGUCUGCUCUGCACCACAGGCGACAAACAGAAGGCGCUGCUAUGGAGCACCGUGGACUACACGCUGCUGUGCCGCCUCUGUGGCCACUACAACGACGUCCUGUCCUGUAGCUUCUCUCCUGAUGGCGCCACAGUGGCGACCGCGUCCUCUGACACCAGGGUGCUGGUGUGGGACACGUGUACGGGUGAGUGGGACACCAGGGUGCUGGUGUGGGACACGUGUACGGGUGAGUGGGGUAGCAGGGUGCUGGUGUGGGACACGUGUACGGGUGAGUGGGGCACCAGGGUGCUGGUGUGGGACACGUGUACGGGUGAGUGGGGGUACUGGCGGCUGAGCAGCGGCGAAGAGAGCGUGGAGAGCGCCAGGAGCUCAGAGGAGGGCGACGCGAUGCUCACAUGCGCCUUCUCCCCACUGGGCGGCACGCUCGCUGUGGGACACUCGUCGGGUUCGGUUGUGCUGUUCUCGGCACCGGCACAGGUGCCAUCGCUGCUGCACUUGGCGCGUAUGGCGCUGAGACGUUCUUAUGGAGACGUCGUCUCCAACAGAUCCUUCCUGCUACCUUAUUCUCUUAAGCCUUACCUUCAAUAUAAACACUGGUGAAGAUGCUGCUGUAGUAUUAACUCCAAUAAACGAAAGGGUUUCUGUGAAUGAAGAUGUAAACGCUAGUCUCACUUUCCGGCACCGCAACUUGAGUAUAGAAUAGAAGUGUCGGCGCUGAAGAAAUAGGCCCAUGGCCUGUUGUACAAACACAAGCGAAAUGUCAACAAGUAUUCCAGUAGUAGAACCCUUCUCAGUGCCAAUGCUCGUCUGUAGUCAAAUGCAGUGUCGUGUUUCCGACGGUAUUCCUCCUGACUGUCGUGAGCUCGUGGUACCUGAUAGCAGGUCUUAUUGUUAUGCAAGCUAGACACUUAUAAUGUUCAUGUCGAGCUGACGUACGGCGCAUUAUGCCUGCGACCUUAGGGUACGCACACAGUGGAAGCAGGGUUGCCCGCGCGGGCAACCUGCU